AUGGAUUCCAAAGUCCAAGAAUUUGACUCUAUAUGAGUCCUAUCAAAUUUAUGAAAAGAAAAAUCCCUCUUCAAAACCAAGCUUCCCCUCCCUGACACCUUAUUAUCAGACGCCUUUGCAAGAUACUCAGUCAGGUGAUUAUUUACAGAUUCCAGCGGAUUUAUUAAAAAGAAAUGCGACGAAAGCACAAAAACCGAGACCAUUCUGCAUCGAUUUUUAUUAACUUUAGGUUAAUAAAUAGAAAUUAAAUAGGGAAUAAAUAUAAAUAAUUGGAUAUUAUAGAUAAAAGGAUAGGAGAAGAUCUAAAUACAAUCUCGUCACAGCCACAGGUGGAUCUACAUCAUCAUAAGGUUUCUGAGCCUAUUAUUUCUUCGUAUAUCUCGUAUAACGAUUUUCACCCACUUACAAAGCAGCAGACUAUUAUUAAAAUUACAAGUGGCGUAGGCACAUCAGAAGCUAUACAAAUGCUGCCAAGGCCAAAUGGAGACUAUAGCAGCCGGUUUUUAGCUGAAGUUAGAAAAGAUGAAGGGAGAAAUAUUUAUAAGUUUUAUAUACUGGCUUUCUAUAAAUACAUAAAAAAAACGAUAAAAAUACAUAAAAAUCAAUAAAAAUGCAUAUAAAUACUAAAAAAUCAAUCUAAAAAGAUAUAAAACUUAUAAUUAUCAAGGAGUCGAGCAAAAAAUUGUCGUUUGUGGGGCAAAAUACAAAAAAUUCUUGACUGAUUUAAGCGAAAUUGUUAUUGAAGCACUUCAAAAAAACACGUCAUUUAGGAUCUUACAAGCCACUUUUUGCUUUGUGGAAGAUGAAAAAUUCAAUCUCUGGUUUCUUGGCAGCUUAAACUGCUAUGGAAAACAUGUGACAAUUAAACCAAAGCCCAGCUUAAAAGAAAUCAUCGUCGACCCUAUGGCCAGCACAUACUCUUUUGGAGGGCCAAGUGUGUAUAAUCAAACACUUGGCGGUUUUUAUACAAAAGCAAGCUAUUCAGCAGCAGGACUUGGCCUUAAAACAACCCUAAAACGAGGCUGCCCAGGCAGUUUUUGCAAUUUUGUUAUAAAAAGUAAGGCUCAGCUCACAAAAGAUGAAAUGGACUAUGACGAUCUAUUAAAUGAGGUCAGAAAAAUCUAUAUAAAUGGUCUUGAAAAAGAGUACACAAGGAUGAAACUUUCCCUUAGAUCUGAUUAUUUGCUUACUCCCCUUUAUCCGCGAGCGAAACAAAAAAAUUUGUUUGUUAUGGAUGGUAGCUAGUCAAAAACUUUAUAGUAAUUUUUUUUUCAAAAUUUAAAAGCCAAAAAUUAUUUUAAUUUGUAAUAUUUAUGUUUUUAAAAUGCAAGCUAUUUAAGAUCAAGCAGAAGUAGCUAGAGAUUUCAUUAUAAUAAUUAUUGCUUAUAUUAAAAAAUUUUUUGUUCACUUAUGGAGGGUGGGCUUUACCCAAAAAUUAAGGAUUUUCCAAUGUUUUUGUUUGCGCACAGAGGGGAGAGUUAAAGAAAUUUCCAAUAAAAAGCUUAAAGCAGUAAAAAAUGAUAUCCCUUAUAAAUAUACCUAUUUUCAAUAAAUAUACCGAUUUUGCUAGCAAAUAAAUAAUAAAAUGACUAUAAUUAUCCGCUCACUAGGCUAUUUUUUUCAAAAUUAUUAUUGUUAGUUGCUUAUUUUUGAACAUUGCAACCUACAUGUGGAAUCUUUUCCACGUGUGAAAAGAUGAUUUCACAUGUGGAAUCUUUUCACAUGUCGAAAAGAUUCCACAUGUAGGUUGCAAUGUUCAAAAACAGGCAACUAACAAUACUAUAUAAAAUUGCCCAAUAUCGCCAUCAUUUUUAUUGUAAAUGAGAAUACAUUUUAUUUGGGAAAUUAUUAUUAGAAAAAUCAGGGAUAAAAAAACAAGACCAGCUAGUCGAAGUUGAUGCAAAUCAGCUACGUCGGUCUUUAUUAAUAAAAGACCAAGAGCUCCUCGAAGACAGACUUAAUUUAAACGAGCUAGGUCUUAAAAACCCAUUUCACUAUUACGACAUUGUACAAGUAUGUGACCGAUGCUACGAAAUUUAUAAGUUAUUAAGAAACAACAACCCUGAAGACAAUUCAAUAGAAAAAAAUGAAAGAUUGUCUCUACGGGCGUCAAGACCAAUGACAGGGUCUCGGCCAAUGACGUCAAAAUCAAAGAACUCUCGGCCAUCGCUCAUGACCCAGAGCUCAACUGCUAGCAUUGUAGUCCAUUCUUCAAAGUCCAAUAGGACUCAUGACAAUCUUUCGACUAUUGCGACUGAGAGAAGAAGAAGCUCUCUUAUUACGCCCAUAGGGAUGAUUGAUAAAGAUAAUAUUGACGAUUUAUUGACUGACAUGGACCAUUUAAUGCUAGAAGAAGAACUUGACUCAAAAAUCGUAAACAGAAAUAUCAAUUAUUGGUCGAAGUCGUUAAAAAGGACUAAAACAAAUAUGGCAGAGGCACAGAGCGUUAAAAACACCCCUCUAAUUGACACGAAAAAAGUAAAGGACACAAAUUUUGAAGCGCUGACUAUGAAACUUUUUCCGGACGCCAAUCCGGAUUUCUAUCAAAGUCAUAAGAAAAAAAAGAAUUUUAAAUAUUAUAUCAAAUCCCUCAAAGAAGAUAAGUUUGAAAAGAAAAAAGAUAAUUACUUAUAA